AUGACUUCUACAACGCCGCCCACCGUUCUGUACGAGCCCUCAUCCGAGGGUAUCACCCGGAUAACCAUCAACCGACCCAAGAACCGCAAUGCAGUCAACGCCGGCACGGCCCGGCUUCUCGCGGAGUCAUUUCAAAUGUUUGACAACGACGACAAGCAAAAGGUAUGCGUCUUCACCGGCGCAGGCGGCGAGGCCUUCUGCGCGGGGUACGACCUGCACGAAGUCGCCGCCUCGUCGUCCUCGUCAUCAACCUCUAACAUUGGCGCUCAUGCAUCAUCCCGUGUGAGGCCGGUGACGACGACAAGCCCGAGAGACCCGCUGAGCGAUAUCCUUGGCCCCAUGGGCCCGUCUCGCAUGCUCACCUCCAAGCCCGUCAUAGCCGCAAUAUCCGGCCACGCCGUAGCUGGUGGACUGGAGCUGUCACUCCUGGCAGACAUGCGCGUGUGCGACACGACUGCCGUUCUAGGCGUGUUUUGCAGGCGAUUUGGAGUGCCGCUCGUCGAUGGUGGGACUGUCCGGCUGCCCAAGAUUGUCGGUCUUGGUCGGGCGCUGGACAUGAUCCUGACUGGGCGGCCUGUCGAUGCAAAGGAGGCGUUGAGUAUGGGGCUGGCAAAUCGUGUGGUCGAGAAGGGAAAGGCGGUGGAGGAGGCUACGGCGCUGGCGAGGAGCUUGUUGGCUUUUCCGCAGGAGUGCAUGAACUUGGACAGGCAGUCGGCGUACUACAGCACGUUUGAGGCGUCGAGCUUGAAGGAAGCAUUGAAGUUUGAGCACGAUACUGGCAUUGAAGUUGUUGCGAAAGAAAGUGUUCAAGGAGCAACAAGAUUCCACAAGGGGCAGGGCAGAGGGGGAUCGUUUGAGCUGGCCAAGGGAAAACUAUGA